UCAUCUUAUUUCCUGUGUUAACCAAUGAAAAGUUGUAAAUUUUUAUAUUUUACAUAUUAUACAUCUGGUUAGGUAUGCAGUAGCUGCCAUUAGAUCAUCAAACAAGAACAUUUUUCUAAAUUUCUUCAGCAUUUUUAUUAUUAUUUCAAGUUGGCAAGAAUGACUUUUUACUAUGUUUUUCCAAGUGGGGAUUUAAACAUGUACCAAAUUUCUUCAUUCAACUUAUUUUCUGGUCAAUCAUUCAUCAACUUUGUAUAAUUUAUUAAAUUUGUGUUCUUGAUAUAUAAGAGUUGAUAUGCUCUGUGCUCUCUUGGUUGCUCUGAAAAAUGGCUGAUAUUUACUUAAACACAAGACUUGUUAAUCUAUGCUACAUCUUCUUGAUCUUGUGUACUCAUUCUGUCUUUUCACAAAUUCAAGUUACCAAGAAGCUUAUGCAAGGUGAGGUGAUGAAAGAUGAUGGUCAGAUCAUAAUAUCAGAUAAUCAAGUUUUUGGCUUUGGAUUCUUUAGUCCAGGCAAUCCGAGUUUUCGAUAUGUUGGUGUAUGGUACAAUAAAAUUCCAGAUAAAACAGUUAUAUGGGUUGCCAAUAGAGACAAGCCUGUUUCUGGAAAAUCUGGUUUUUUAAGCUUUGGGGAUGAUGGAAAUCUGAAACUCUCAGAUGGGACUAAUGAGAUUUGGUCCACUAAUUCUUCAUCAGUUUCGAGCAAUUCUUCUAUAGCCCUUAUGGAUACUGGAAAUCUUGCUCUUUGUAGAAGUGAAGAUGUUGAUACUAAUCGAAAAGCCUUGUGGCAAAGCUUUAGCUGGCCUUCAGAUACAUUUUUACCUGAAAUGAGAGUGUACACGAAAUCAAGUACUCAAAAUCUUCCUGUCUUUGUUUCUUGGAAAAGUCCGAGUGAUCCUUCACCAGGGAACUAUUCUAUGGCAUUUGAUCCACGAGGGGCGCCACAGAUAGUUGUGAAGGAAGGAUUGAGACGACGUCUGUGGAGAAGCGGGCACUGGAAUGGCCAGAUUUUUAUUGGAGUUCCUAAUAAUAGGGCACGGUUUGAUUCUGGUUUCGGGACAACUAAUGAUUACAAUACUGGAGAUAUUUUCUUCACGUAUACAGCUGCAAGCCGAUCAGUGCUAGUGAGAUUUGGUAUUUUGUGGAAUGGUACUACUGAACAAUUGAUUUGGGAUGAGGGUAAAAAAGUUUGGAAUGUGGCACUUAGACAGCCAAGUGAUGAAUGUGGAGAGUAUAACAGAUGUGGGAAUAAUGGAUUUUGUAGCAUGAAGGAUCCGAAAAGAUGUAGUUGUAUCAUAGGGUUUCGUCCAAAGUCUGAAGAUGAGUGGCGCAGAGGAGUCUGGUCUGGUGGGUGCAUUAGGAAGGAAGAUCUGAAGUGUGACGAGAGUGGUACAAGUGAUGGUUUUCUGGAACUGCAGAGUGUUAAAUUACCUGAUUUUGCUGAUACUCAGGCUGGUGAUUCGGGAGACUGUGAAGAUAAAUGCACGAAGAAUUGUUCUUGUAGUGCCUAUGGAUAUGUAGAAGGUAUUGGGUGCAUGGUUUAUAGUGGUGAUCUGAUUGACAUUGAACAUCUUGAAGCCGGUGACAAUUCAGUGUAUGUUCGUGUAUCAAAUUCUGAACUUGGACGUAAGAAGAGUGUAUCAACUGCAGCAAUUAUAGGAAUAGCAGUAGGGGGAAUAAUUAUUCUUGGGAUUUUAUUCUUGGCUUUCUGGAGAUUCCGAGGAAAAUUAAAAGGAGUCCUGAAGAAGGAGCAGAGGAAUUCAUUGUUAACUAUCGGAGGCAGAAGUCAGGACUUAUCUGCUGGAUUUUCAGCAGUCGAUGAGCUAUCAACGGAUGGGAAGCAAGAUACUGGACCUCAGUUGCCAUUAUUCAGUUUCACUUUUGUGGAAUUAGCCACUGAGUAUUUCGCAAACAAGAACAAACUUGGUGAAGGCGGAUUUGGUCCUGUAUACAAGGGAAUUUUGCCCGGGGGACAAGAAGUGGCUGUUAAAAGACUAUCAAAGUGGUCUGGACAAGGUUUAGAGGAAUUUAAAACCGAAAUGAUACUGAUAGCUAAGCUGCAACAUCGGAAUCUUGUUAGACUGCUCGGCUGUUGCAUUGAAGGGGAAGAAAAGUUGCUGAUUUAUGAAUACAUGCCUAACAAAAGUUUGGAUUCACUUCUUUUUGAUGCAAUUCAAAGAUCGCAACUGGACUGGAAUAAACGAUAUGCAAUCAUUGAAGGGGUUGCACGAGGGCUACUUUAUCUUCAUCGAGAUUCAAGGCUUAGAAUAAUUCAUCGAGAUUUAAAAGCUAGCAAUAUCUUGUUGGACGAGGAAAUGCAGCCAAAAAUUUCAGAUUUUGGCAUGGCAAGAAUAUUUGGAGGGAACCAAAAUGAAGCAAAUACAAUGCGAGUUGUUGGUACAUAUGGUUACAUGUCGCCAGAGUAUGCAAUGGAAGGCCUAUUUUCUGUAAAAUCUGACGUAUAUAGCUUUGGCGUAUUACUGCUGGAAAUUGUCAGCGGCCACAGAAAUAAUUCUUUUCGCACACCUGAUUUUACCAAUCUUCUUCGAUAUGCAUGGAAUUUAUGGAAAGAAGGCAGAACGGAGGAGAUGAUCGAUCCUAUAAUUGCAGAUUCAUGCCCUCAUACGAAAGUACUUCAAAUCAUUCAUGUAGCACUGUUGUGUGUGCAGAUGUCUGCAGCACACAGACCAACUAUGUCACAAGUUCUUAAUAUGAUAGAGAGUGAGAAUGCCACUCUUCCAAUUCCUAAAAAUCCGGAUAUGUCACCGACAAAUUCUGCAGAUAUGGACUCCAUUAUGCAAGAUCAUGAUACUAAUAUAUCCUCCACAGAAGUAACUGUGACAGAAGUGAUCGGAAGAUGUGAGUUGGGUGUGUUUUGUGUUUUUCAAAUGGAUUCCAAACAGACCUGCAAAUUUGUGUUACUUUGUACAAUAGUAUGUGUACUCUUUUGUACCUGCACCUCAAUUGAUACAAUAGCCACAACUCAGUUCAUAUCUGAUGCUAAAAAUGAUACCCUUUUAUCUUCUAAUGGUGUCUUCAGACUUGGUUUCUUUAGCCCUCCAAUGUCGAAAAACAGAUAUGUUGGUAUAUGGUUCAGUGAAGUUCAUGUACAAAAUGUUGUGUGGGUUGCUAACAGAGACAGUCCUUUGAAAUCCAACGAUGGCGUUUUUAAGAUCUUGGGUAAUGGAAACAUUGGUAUUUUCUCUGAAAGCCAGGCAAAGCAGCCUGUUUGGUCUAGCAAUGUAACAGAAGUCUCUGCUGCUAGUAGUAUUCAUGCAAAGCUACUGGAUUCAGGAAACUUGGUCUUGAUUUCUGGGUCAGGCCGGGUUAUAUGGCAAAGCUUUGAUCACCCAACUGACACAAUCUUGGCGGGGAUGAAGCUAGGGGUGGACAAGAGAACAGGUCUUAACCGGGUCAUAACUUCUUGGAAGUCCCCAAAUGACCCGGGAACUGGGGAUGUUUCGUUUGUGUUGGAUGCAAGUACUGAGCUGCCUCAGCUGUACGGGGAGAUGGACUCUUACAGAGUCUGGCGGGGUGGCCCGUGGAAUGGUCAGAUUAUGAUUGGUGUGCCUAUGGCUUCAAGAAUUAAGCCUGUGGAGUUUUCUAUAGAAGCUGCAAUUUUUAAUUACACCUUUGUAAACAAUAAAGAUGAGGUCUACAUAACGUUUGGAAGUGCUCCAGCCUCUAGAGUUUUCAGAAGGCUUAAGGUUGAAACAGCUGGAUAUGCAGAGCAGCAGCUGUGGAAUGCAGAAAGCAAGGAAUGGACUAUAAUCUGGACUGCUCCACAAGACCGGUGUGAUAAGUAUAAGCGUUGUGGGGCGUACAGCUUAUGUAACAAUACCAAUUCUAUACAGUGUAUGUGUUUGCCGGGAUAUGAAGCAGAACAAUAUCAAGAAUGGGACAUGAAUUGUGUUGAGAAGAGGAAAGAAUUGCACUCGUCGUGUGGAAAAGGAAAAGGGGAGGGAUUUAUGAAAAUCACAGGCCUUAAACUUCCUGAUGCUAGUAAUGCUAACUUUAUGAAGAAUAUGAGCUUGCAAGAGUGCGAAUUAGAGUGUUUUAAGAACUGUAAUUGUACUGCAUAUGCGAGUGCUGAUGUGAACGUUGGAGGGCGAGGUUGUUUUGCAUGGUAUGGGGAGUUGAUUGAUGUACGAACUUACGUUGCAGAUGGACAGGACUUGUAUAUAAGAGUGGAUGCUCAAGUACUCGAGGAGAACAGAAAGAAGGGACAUGGAAUGCACAAGAAAAUGAUGCUUCUAAUAAUCUUUGUAGCACUCGGUCUGGGAGUUCUCUUGUUUAUUUACUGGUGGAGAAAACGAGAUAAGAAGAAAGCUAAGGAGCGGAAGAGAAGAUACCUGGAAAUGAUGCUCGAAGAUUCAGUGAUAGAUCCAAGCAAUGAGGUGUCACAUGCCAAUAGCCUAGCAGACAACAGUAACAUAGAACUGACAUUCUUCCAGUUAGAUACUAUCCUGAAGGCAACAGAUAAUUUCUCCCCUGCUAAAAAGCUUGGACAAGGAGGUUUUGGCCCAGUUUAUAAGGGUGAGCUAUUAAAUGGACAGGAUAUAGCGGUGAAGAGGCUAUCAAGAAGCUCAGAGCAAGGAAUUUCUGAGUUUAAGAAUGAGGCGUUGCUGAUUGCAAAACUUCAGCACAGAAAUCUUGUCAGACUUCUAGGCUGUUGCAUUGACAAUGAAGAGAAAAUUCUCAUCUAUGAGUUCAUGCCAAAUCUGAGCUUAGACUGUUUUCUCUUUGACGAAACCAGGAAGUCACUGCUGGACUGGAAUAAGCGCCAUGAUAUAAUUGUGGGAAUUGCUCGAGGAAUCCUGUAUCUUCAUCAAGAUUCCAGGUUUAAAAUUAUCCACAGAGAUUUGAAAACUAGCAACAUUCUGUUAGACAAAGACCUGAAUCCAAAAAUCUCUGAUUUUGGUACGGCAAGAUUAUUUGGAGGGAAUCAAAGUCAAGCAAAUACUGGUACAGUUGUCGGGACAUUCGGUUACAUGUCACCAGAGUAUAUCUUGCAUGGCCUGUUCUCGGAUAAAUCUGAUGUCUUCAGUUUUGGAGUCCUACUACUGGAGAUAAUCAGUGGAAAAAAAAAUAGUGGAGUAGUCCUUGAUGUUUAUCCACCUUCAAACUUAAUAAGUUAUGUGUGGGAGCGGUGGACUGCUGGUAAAGCCAUAGACAUCUUAGACAUAUCCAUAGCAGAUUCAUGUCCAGUUCAUGAGGUCUUACGGUGUAUUCAAGUCGGGCUUCUGUGUGUCCAAGACAAUUCACCUGAUAGGCCAACUAUGUCAACUGUUGUAUUCAUGCUUAGUAAUGAUGCUGCUCUUCCUUUACCAAAGCAGCCGGUGUUUGCCAUGUACAGAAGUCAUCAUAAUCCGGACUCAAUCAUCUACGACACAAACUCAUCCUCCCUAAACGACUUGACAAUUACCAAUCCUGUUGGUCGCUAAGUUUCCAGUAUUGUA